AUGCGCCAUGCGUCUGUGCGCAGCCACCUGAUUGGAACAGUUCGACGACAUCCAUCUUUUGAGAAUCAAGGGUUUCCAGCUGAAAAACAGCUCCUCUCGCACGAUAUGAGCCCUUGCUUCGUAAACAUACAACCAGUUCAUGACGACACUGCCACUAACACGAUGAGUUCAGCCAAAAGACUUGCUGAGCGUGCGCGAAAAGCCAGAGGGGAAGGAGACCCUCGGCAAGCCAGGAAGCGGCACAAAGGGGAAAAAUCUGAUGGCAUCAGGGAUGCUCCACCCCCUGGUAUUGCCGAAAGAGUCCUCGCAGCUGAACGCCGCAUGAGCCAUAGGCUUAGCCAUGACCUUUGGUAUGAAGACCCUAUCGCAUGCACCUACAACCCCCUGGUGUAUGCCAGUGAAGCGCAUGAAUGGUACACAAAAAAGUUUGCCAACUCACGGAAGGAAAUCUUGCUUGUCGGUUUGAACCCAGAGCCCCUUGGUAUGGGACAGACUGGAAUACCCUUUGGAGACAUAUCCGUUGUGCGCGACUGGAUGGGUUUACCAGAAACUGUCAGCAUAAAAAAGCCAGAAAAUGAACAUCCGAAGCGCCCUGUGACAGGGUUAGAAGAGCCUCUCACGGAUACAAGCGGUCAUCGACUCUGGAAUGAGUGGGCGAGGGCCACACACGGCGAGAAUCCAGAAGCUUUUUUCGAACGCUUCUUUGUUUAUACAUACUGCCCACUGAUGUUUCUGCGCAAAUCCGGAAAGCUUAUCUCACCAAAUAUGAUCCAUCCAUAUGAGCGCCUCAAAGUCAGUGAGAUAUGCGACGAGGCGUUGCGCGCAGUCGUGGCGGCAUUACGCCCUAGGAUGGUCGUAGGCAUAGGAGGAUGGCCAAUGGAGAGGUCUCGAUUUGCGCUCAAGGAUUUUGUCAAGAAGGGCAUGGUGAUUGGCUCGCUUAUGCAUCCUAAUCCUUCCUCAUCUCUUGCAAACCCGGGAUGGGCGGAAAAGACAAAGAAAAGGGUCCAAGAACUUAUUGCCGAGAUGAUGGCGACGGAAGAUGUGUGGGUCAAUACUCGCUCGGGAAAAAGAGUGCGGGAUUAACUGAAGAGGUUGCUCACUUCGCAACGGCCGUCUCUUGCUAUGAAACCCUGCUUGACUUUUCACCCUGCGCACCUGCGUUUACCGGCAACAUAUGCGGACGAUUCACUGCUUUGUUUCAUGUUUCAAGCAGUCACGACACACAGAAGCGCAGUGAAAACUAGUGGACCGUCUUCGUUGCCGACGUCGUGAGGGUAAUGAACCAGAAGGCGAACCAGACUGAUGAUCGAAGCUGGGAUGGCCUUCAACACUUUGAUUGAUUCCCGGCAUGACAAAAGGAGAGCUCGUUUCAAAUUUGCGCUGGAUUUACAUUUGACGUAAACGCAAUGAACGACAACGCUAUUUCCUUCAAUAUCCUUGAAUUCAGUGCGAGUUCUCUCUAAGUGCUAGAAUUUUAAAGCAGGUCCAUCCAGUAAAACUUGUUCUGACGCACUAUCAGCGAGUAAAGAUUCA